AUGAGUCACGCAUCAAAUACGGGUUGGGGUGCAAUAUGCGCAUACGGCAGUACUAGUGGGAAGUGGAAACCCUCAGAACUAGAGUGGCACAUAAACGAAAGAGAGUUAGCAGCUUGUAUACUGGGCUUACGCUGUUUCGCAGACAAGCUUUGCCAUUGCACCAUUCGCUUGCAGCUGGACAACACAACACUGGUCUGUGCGCGCUUGAACAAGCUAACGCGAUUAUUGUGGCUAUGGGCCUUGAAACGUGAUCUGAAACUGUUGGCCUCAUACAAGCCAGGUGUACAAAACAUUGAAGCAGACCUUCUUUCGAGGAGAUCGAAUGACUCUUCCGACUAUUCUCUUGAUGGGAAAACAACCAUGUUACUGUUUGCAAAGUGGGGCGUACCUAAGAUAGACCUUUUCGCCUCCCGAUCCGGGCGCAGCGGGCGUAGACGCUUUCGCUCAAGUCUGGUCGGAGACCUACGGCUACGCCUUUCCGCCAUUCAAUCUAGUAGGGAAGACAAUCAGAAAAGCCCUGAAAGAGAAGGCACGCUUGAUUCUGGUGUGCCCCAUGUGGAAAAAUCAAAGUUGGUGGCCACUAGUAAUGGAGCACGGCAAAGAAAUCACGCCAUUGAUAUCAGACCGGAACCUUCUGACGGACUCCAGCGGGUCUCCUCAUCCAUGCCUCAAAUCUCCCUCCUUUCGUAUGAUAGCAUGCAUCAUUUAGGUGAAUUCUGGAGAGGUGGGAGGGCUGAAAGAGGUGUCGUGCAAUCCAUUAUGUCAAAUUGGUCACGCGCUACAAUAAAACAGUACAAUAGCGCCUUGAAAAAGUGGGCAGCCUUCUGUAAAAAUACUCGGUAUAGACAGCUGUUCGAAUCAGGCGCAAGCUUCUCAUCGAUCAGCACUCAUAAGUCGGCCAUAAUCGUCUACCUUUCGGCGAUCAAUGGGGAGUUCUGUAGGAAGGACAUGAUCCUUGUAAAUAGGUGCAUGAAAGGGUUCUUUCGACAGCGUCCCCCACGACCCAGAUAUGCUGAUAUAUGGGAUGUAUCAGCAGUACUGAAAUAUCUAAGAUCUCUAGGGCCUAAUGCCACUUCUGGAUCUCGAACACUUAACUCAAAAACGGUAAUGCUGUUAGCCCCAGUGGUUCCCAAAAGAGUCUUCGAAUUAGCAGCAUUAUCGUUAGAUUCAGUAUUGCUUGGGAGAGGAUUGAUUCGGCAAAGGCACACACAGCGGUCGUGCAAGCCUAUAAAGACGAUAUCCUCCUAUGUCCUCUUGGUGACGAUUAAGGAUUAUAUAAAUCGCACUAUCUUAUAUCGUAACCAAGUUCGGACAUUAUUCAUGAUCGUUAACCGUCCUCGCGGAACACUUCUCGGAGCCACCACGAUAGCUCGGUGGCUCCGAGAAGUGCUGAAAAACUCAGGCAUAGAUGACCGAUUUAAAGCGCACUCAACUAGGGCAGCAAGCACAACCUUUUCAAAAAGGCAGGGUCUCUCUUCAAAGGCAAUUAUGGAAGCAGCGAAUUGGGCACCAAAUGGUACCACCUUUGAGAAGUUUUACUACAGAGGCCCACUGGAACAAUCGUUCCAGGACUCUUUGCUCUCUUCGAACAGGAAAUCCAAGAGGAGCACAGAAAGGAGAGAUGAUAUGGAAGAGAAACGCAAGAAAGAGAAAGAACAGAAACGAAGGAAAUCACAUCUCUCGAAGAAAUGA